AUAAGCGGCUGACCCCGGCAGGUUGACCUUGCCGAGCCGGGCGAACGUGCAAGGUUGCCCGUCUGUCGAUUCCUCUCCUUCUCCCCGCCCUUUUACUGCUCAAGGAGGCGACUACAACCCACCGAAGAUGGCUUCCGCGGUGCUUGGUGAUCUUAGCUCGUCUAACGCGUUCGCUGCAAGUAAUUUGCGGCAGGCGCAAGGGAAGAGUAUCGGCGUUUUCACCAGUGGGGGCGAUUCUCAGGGUAUGAAUGCGGCCGUACGUGCCGUGGUGCGUAUGGGCAUCCAUGUUGGAUUCCGCGUGUAUUACAUCCACGAGGGGUAUCAGGGCAUGGUGGACGGGGCUGACAACAUCAAGGAAGCCAUCUGGACUAGCGUGUCUGGAAUCAUCCAACAGGGUGGUACAGUGAUCGGAAGUGCCCGGUGCCAGGAUUUCCGCGAGCGCGCCGGUCGGCUGAAGGCGGCGCGAAACCUGGUUAAACUUGGGAUCUCGAACCUGGUCGUGAUUGGCGGAGACGGAAGUCUGACCGGCGCAAACUGCUUCCGACAGGAGUGGUCUGGUUUGCUGGAGGAACUGGUGAAGAAAGGAGAGAUCACUGCUGAGCAGAGUAAGAACUGUUCCCACCUCAACAUUGUCGGCAUGGUUGGUUCCAUUGAUAAUGACUUCUGUGGCACGGACAUGACGAUCGGCUGCGACACUGCGCUCCAUCGUAUCAUGGAGUCCGUGGAUGCCAUCACCACCACCGCUCAAAGCCACCAGCGUACGUUUGUUAUGGAGGUGAUGGGCCGCCACUGUGGCUACCUUGCGCUGGUGACUGCCCUCGCCUGCGGAGCUGAUUGGUUGUUUAUCCCGGAGUGGCCGCCGGAAUCCGACUGGGAGGAUCACAUGUGCCGCCGUCUGUCCGAGUUACGAACCGCGGGCAGUCGGCUGGGCAUCGUGAUCAUGGCGGAAGGAGCGAUCGACCAGAAGGGGAACGCCAUUACGUCCAACAGGGUCAAGGAGAUCAUCUCGACCCGCCUCGGCCACGACACCCGUGUGACAGUACUGGGGCACGUGCAGCGCGGAGGGAACCCAUCAGCCUUCGACCGCGUGCUGGGUUGCCGUAUGGGUGCGGAGGCGGUGUUGGCCCUGCUGGAGGCGACCCCUGACACGCCGGCCUGCGUCGUGUCGCUGGACGGAAACCAGGCGGUCAGGGUCAACCUCAUGGAGUGUGUGGAGAGGACCCAGCAGGUAGCAGCUGCUAUGAAGAAGGGAAACUUUGAGAACUGUGUGAGUCUCCGGGGCAGGAGUUUUAAAAACAACCUAGAGAUCUACAAGAUCCUGAGUCACGUGAAACCCCCCAAUAACCCCCAGCAGCACGUGUUUAACAUCGGUAUCAUGAACGUGGGCGCUCCCGCCGCGGGUAUGAACGCCGCGGUGCGGUCAGCCGCCAGAACCGCCAUCUUGAACGGGCACCAGCCGUACGCCAUUUACGAGGGGUUCGAGGGCCUUGCAGAGGGAAGGCUGAAGAAGUUACAGUGGAUGGAUGUUGGUGGCUGGGUCGGGUCUGGUGGCGCAAAGCUUGGGGCUAAAAGGACCCAGCCAGCGAAGCUUGGCCUGCCCCAGAUCGCCAGCAAGUUCAAGGAGUUCAACUUGAGUGCGCUGCUCAUCAUUGGUGGGUUUGAGGCAUAUGACAGUGUAUUGCAGCUAGCCGAGGCCCGACCACAGUACAAGGAGUUCUGUAUCCCCAUGGUUGUGAUUCCCUGCACCAUCAGUAACAAUGUACCAGGGACGGAGUUCAGUUUGGGCACGGACACCGCUCUCAACGCCAUCACUGAUAUCUGUGACCGCAUCAAGCAGUCAGCCAGCGGCACCAAGCGUCGGGUAUUCGUGGUGGAGACGAUGGGCGGGUACUGUGGUUACCUAGCAACCCUCGCCGGGCUCGCGGGAGGGGCGGACGCCGCGUACAUCUUCGAGGAGAGAUUCGGCAUGAGAGACCUGCAGAAUGAUGUUGAGCACCUGGCCAAGAAGAUGGUGGAAGGUGUGGAGAGAGGACUGAUUCUCAGAAACGAGAAGUGCAAUGAGAACUACACCACUGACUUUAUCUACCAGCUGUAUUGCGAGGAGGGGAAAGGCAUUUUCUCUGCACGGAAAAAUGUCCUCGGACACAUGCAACAGGGUGGUUGUCCUUCACCAUUUGACCGCAACUUGGGCACCAAGCUGGCAGCCAAGUCUGUGGCCUUCAUCGCAGAGAAAAUGCACAACAACUACAAGGAGGAAGGAGGUCGGAUUGUGGUGGAAUGUAACGAAGAGGACACGGCUUGUCUGAUCGGACUCAACCGUAGAACGGUUCAGUUCAGUCCUGUUACGCACCUCAAGUCGCAGACGGACUUCCAACACCGCCUGCCCCGUGAGCAAUGGUGGCUGAAACUGCGCCCGCUCCUGCGAAUCCUUGCCAAACACGAAAGCGUCUACGAGGUGGAGGGCGAAGAAACCAGCAUUGAGUGAGAGGGGAGCGUUAAAACUGGCGAGAGUGUGUGUCAGUGUGUGCAGUAACAUCAUCGCUGGACAUUGAAAGUUCAUCUGUGUUGGUAGAAGUCAUUAUUGGACUAGUUGAACUGCAAUGUCCAACACGAAAAUUGGACUCACCCAAAUUUUCGACUGAACAGCACCAG